AUGAGCAGCCAGCUUACAAAGCUUAAGUUUCGUAUAGUAUUUUGUAGCAGUGAAGACAACGAGUUUCCAGUGACCCAAUUACUGAAUCAUGGCCCACACAGUACUGGUUGGCAGUCAGCAAGAUUUCAAGAUUUCCCUCAAAUCAUAAUUUUGCAAUUCAUAGCUCCUAUAAGAAUCCAGCAGCUUCAGUUCUUGUCCCAUCAGUCAAAAAUCGCUACAAGAAUUGAGCUCUUUACAUACCUGCCUGAAAAUCCAAGCUCAAUUCCUCCAUUAGAAAAUUUCAAAUGAAAUCGGCUUGGUUAUCUGUCAUUAGAUAACAAUGAAAAAUCAGGAUUCCAGGCACGAGAGCUGAAAUCAGUUUAUAUUGAUGCCCAGGCUUUAUUUUUGAAAGUUUCUCUUAAUAAGUGUCAUGUGAAUAAGUACAACAUUUUCAAUCAAGUUGGACUGAUUGCUAUUAAUUGCUUAGGUGAAGAACUUGGCAAUGCGAAAGCACCGGCUAGAGGAGGGAUCCAGCCGAGGCUUGAAAAUGAAAUGGAGUUUGAUUCUGCUACAAAUGAAAGGCUUAAACAAUUGUCGGUAGCUAAAGAAAGAGCGCUUGAAAAUGAAGAUUUCGAUGAAGCGAAAAGAAUUAAAGACGCUAUUGAAAGGCUGAAAUCGGUGGGCUAUGAGCUUUUAAUGCUUGAAGAUAGGAAAAGAAAUGCCAUUGCAAAUGAAGAUUAUGAUAGCGCAAAAAUAUUGAAAAUUGAGAUUGAAAGAAUGAGGAAUGCAGUUUUGCCUCCAAUGCCUGACACUUAUUUUGCACCUGUUCAACAAAGCUCACAUAGGCCUUUUUCAGGAGGUCCUCAGCCGCUAGGCAUAGGAGGCAGGCCUUCAUCAAGGCCUCAGCCUUCUCAAUUUCCUCCUCCACAGCAGAUUGGUGAUAUGCCAAAUUAUGAUCAAUUUGAAAGAAGAAAUAACCAGCUCUUGCCAGAACCCAAGUCAAAGGUCUCUCAUGAUGAGCAAGUAAUUCCUACAAUCAGCAAUGGCAGAGCUCCAGGACAAAUUUUUGGAGGUGAAGAAGAAGAAAAUUUGCCUCCUAACCUUGAUAAUCCCCCUGAGCCAUUAGGGGUUCAGCAAGCGAAAUUUGCAGAUCCAUUGCUUCCUAUUCUAGGUGAAGACUUAUGCAGAAGAAUUUUUUCUAAAACUUGGCAAUUCAGAGAGGAUGGCUUAGGCCAAAUCCAAAAUGAAGUUUCUAGAGGGCCAUCAAGCCAGAUUUUCGGCGGUACUGAUAAUUCAAACAUUUACUCUGGCGUGCUAGGUGCAGUUAGGUACACAAUUGGAGACAAAGUUUCUCAAGUAUCAUUAAAAGCCAUGGGACUUAUAAAUACUCUUUUUAACAGCAUCAACCCUUCAAGAGCAGUUGCUAGAGGUGAUGUCCCUGAACAUGUACAGAAUAUUUUAAGCUCACUCCUUGAUAAAGUUGGGGAUAAUAACGCAAGGGUAAGAGAAACUGCUGAACAAACUUUUAUAUCUCUUGCAAGAAGUGACAUUGUAGGAGCUGGUGCAGCUGUCCAAAGCAUCCUUAAACCUAUGAAAGAUAAAUCAACUUCUCAAAAACAUAUCAUAGGGAGGCUUAAUUUGCUCGACAAUAUGGUAAAGGAGUUUCAAAUUGACAACUCUUAUGUUCCUUUCCAGCCUGUUGCAGAGUAUGCUUUAAAUGGGUUUAAAAAUACUAGUCAAGAUGUAAGGAAUUCAGCAUAUAACUUGCUUAUGUCAAUAUAUGCAUGUGUUGGGCAAAAAUUGCAGCCGUAUCUUGCAGAUUUAAGGCCAGCCCAACAAGAAAUGCUGGAAAGAGGUAUGCAAGAUAUUGAUGGAGGAAAUGGGCCAAGUGUUACUGUCUCGCAGCCUCCUCCUCGACAAGCACCAAUUGGAGUUUCUAAACGAAAAAAUUCAAAUGCUCAGGUAAACAACUUUUUACCGUUUUGCCAAUUUUGUGGCAAAAAAGAUGCUAUAUUUGCGAAUGAAGAUAACUUAGAUAUUCAUUAUUGGAAAGACUGUCCUAUGCUGGUAUCAUGUUUGCUUUGCAACCAAGUAGUCGAAAUUUUCGAUUUAAAUAGCCAUUUAUUAAAUUUAAGUUUAAGCUUAACGAAUUACUCUGGGCACACAGCCCAUUUGUCUUCUUUUACUUGAGGGUCCAGCUACAUUAACAGCUCUGAAUAACUGUAGGUGGACUGCCUAACCGUCAAACUGUUAAAGUUAAUAAGCCGUUAAGACUUCUCUAGUCAGUGCCAGCCUCAGCACCGAUCUCUUCUCUUCAAGCCGAGACUCUCAAGAAGCUUGACUUCUCUCACUAAGCUCAGAUAAUAGGACUAUUACCUGUUUAACAGGAGUUAGGACCUAUCCCAAACUGACAUUUUUAAUAUUGUGCCAUUUAUUAAAAGAAUGUGAACUUAAGAACGUAAUGUCUCAGUGCCCGAGAUGCAAAGAAGCGAUUCAUGCCGACGAAAUCGAACAACACACUGAAGAACAGUCAUGCUACGCUGCAAAACCUCCGAAGGUAGCUUCAAGAUGUCCACUAUGCCAUGAAGAUGUAGACCCAGGAAUUGAUGGCUGGAAAAACCACAUUUUGGCUCAAGGCUGCCCAAAUAACGAUAGAAGUAAUAUCUAG